AUGGCCUCUCAACCCUGGACUCCGUCAACAUGGCGCUCUAAGCCCAUCAAGCAGGCUCCCAGUUACCCUGAGCCGGAGAAGCUGACCAAGGUUGUCAAAGAGCUCUCGCGCAUGCCGCCGCUGGUUCACCCCAACGAGAUCCUGGCUCUCAAGGCUCACCUCAGAGAUGUUGCUCAUGGCAAGGCCUUUCUCCUACAAGGAGGCGACUGCGCCGAGCUCUUCGACUACUGUGAGCAGGGCGCCAUCGAAUCCAAGAUAAAGCUGCUGCUACAGAUGAGCGUGGUUCUCAUUUGGGGCACCAACAAGCGUGUUGUUCGUAUCGGCCGAAUGGCUGGCCAGUAUGCUAAGCCUCGAUCAAGCCCAACCGAGAUGUAUCAGGGCCGCGAGAUACCGAGCUUUAGAGGCGAUAUUCUGAAUGGCUAUCACGUCGAUGAAAGAGACAUCGAUCCCAACCGCCUGACCAAAGCCUACCAUUACUCUGCGGCCACCCUCAACUACAUCCGUGCUUCCAUUGCGUCCGGAAUCGCAGACCUUCACCGGCCCCUGGACUGGGGCUUGGGUCACGUUCGUGAUCCAGUCUUGAAGGAGAAGUACUCGUCCAUUGCCAGCAGCAUUCAGCAGACCCUCCGUUUCUUGCAAGUCAUCAAUUCUCGCCCAGAUGAGCUGCACACCGUCGAGCUCUUCACCAGUCACGAGGGACUCCUUCUAGAGUACGAAGAACCUUUGACACGACUGCUAGAAUCGCCGCCGGCUCGUCCAGCACCCCCCGCCAGCAGCAGAGCACCCUCGCCUCCACUACCUGCGGAUGAUGACGAGCCCAAGACGCAGCAAGCCUACUAUGACACAUCUGCGCACUUCAUUUGGAUCGGAGAUAGAACCCGCCAACUCGACCAUGCCCAUGUUGAAUUCUUCCGUGGCAUUGCCAACCCCAUUGGCGUCAAAGUUGGCCCUACGACACCAACCUCCGAUCUCCUAGACCUGUUGCGGACACUCAAUCCCGAUUGUGAGCCCGGCAAGAUCACUCUGAUUACUCGUUAUGGUGCCAACAAGGUCGGCGAGCUGUUGCCCAAGCACAUUCGUGCAGUUGAGGACUCUGAGUACCGCCGAUGCGUUGUCUGGCAAUGCGACCCCAUGCAUGGCAACACCCUAUCCACGCCUUCCGGUAUCAAGACGCGCCGUUUUAACGAUAUUUACAAAGAACUUCAGGAGUCGCUUCGCAUCCACAAGGAGCAGGGCAGCUACCUCGGCGGUGUUCAUCUCGAGCUUACCGGCGACGCCGUCACAGAGUGCCUGGGAGGCAGUGAAGGUCUCGAGGAGGACGACUUGUCCACCAACUACACCUCCUUCUGCGAUCCUCGACUCAACGAAAAACAAGCUCUUGAGCUUGCAUUCCUAGUCGCCGAUCACUUUUCACAGGAGCAAAAAAGCGAUGCUUAA